AUGAGGAGGAGAUCUCGUGGACUGCGUCGAUCUGAAGUUCUUCUAAAAGCCAAACGGCUGCCGUUCAACGCGAUUCAACCGUCCUCUUCUGGUGAGAUCGGCCUACGAAUCUCUUCUGCUUCAUACACUUUCAUACGAAAUGAAAGUCCCCCAAUAUGCCAGUCUGUCCUGAUGAUGUCUGCCUAUCCUGUUACCCACGAAGGUCUUGUCCGUUUCCACCAGAAUGAAGGAGCUGCCACUGGAACAGUCUCAGCAAGAAUGUUCUCGUCACGAAGAAUGAGCCAACGUUUCCGGGGGCGACGCAUCUGUUCAUCGCGUCAUGGAGAUGAAGGUGGGCUCAACGACUUGUCUGCUCAUUCUGUUGUGGUACUGCUUAAAUAG